AUGACUGUGUCCGAGGUGAAGCCGCGGGUGACUGCUUGGAUCCUGAGCGUAGCCUCUUGUCUGAUUGUGGGAACCAAUAUCCUGGUGGCCACUGCCCUUCUGCGGCUCCUGGCCAAGAGGCGCAGCCAGAGCUGGUGUUUCGUCCUCAACCUAGCCCUGGCCGACAGCCUGGUGGGCUUAGCAAUCACCGGCCUGGCCACCGAGGACUUUGGUACCAACGUCACCUACGUGGACCUCGGGCAUGACGCACGUCAAGGUAGCGGAAACACCUCGUCUGUCGCUCCGGGAAAGGGCCGGUGUUUGAUGCGGAUGGCCUUCGUGAUGUCGCCGUGCACAGCGUCCAUUUUGUCCAUGUUUCUGAUCUCACUUGACCGCUACGCUGCUAUCAAGGUACCCCUGAGGUACUCCAGGCUCUCUGGAAAGGGGACGGCGACCGGGUCUCUUCUGGCUCUUUGGGCUUGUUCGUUCAUCAUGGGAUUCUUACCAGUGAUGGUCCGCCAGUUGCAGACAGACGGCUACGGCGGCCUGUGCGCUUUCUUCUCCGUCAUCUACCCGACCGGCAUCAUUGUCCUCUUCAGCGUCUGCUUCUUCCCCGUCCUUUCUGUGUUCGUCUACAUUUACAUGGACAUACUGAAGAUAGCUUGCGGUCACCAAAGGCAGAUCUUCCAGAUCAGUCAGGCAGGAUCUCGUACCACAGCCGAGGGCAUCCACCGCCUGCAAACUCAAUGGCCCCAAGCAAGGAACCGGUACUGGAGUCACGUCAAGGCCUUGAGGACUGUGGCCUUACUGGUGGGCUGCUUCCUGACCCUGUGGUGCCCCUUCUUUGUGGUUAGCAUCGUGCAGCUGCUGUGUAAAAGCUGCCGUCUUAUCGCAGUGUUGGAGAACCACCUAUGGCUGUUGGGCAUGUCUAACUCGCUCAUCAAUCCGUUGGUGUACGCCUUUUGGCAGAGGGAGGUGAGGACGCAGAUUGCAGGCAUGUUUGCGUGCAUGGCAGGAAGGGGUUCGACUCCCGGUCCGGUCUUGGAGGGUGGUGAUCUUCAGUCGCAUGCGCAGACUUGA